UUUAGAUUAGAGAAGGAUUUAAACAAUGAGGAUAUGAAGAAAGCCGUGCUAUGUUUUAGGCUUCUUGUAGCUUUCCUUUAUUACGACAAAACCAAUGUUUUCUUUUCGACAUAUGUGAUGCGUCUUGGAAAAUGACUGACGCCUUCAAAGACACUCACUGAAGAUAAUAAUUGGUAUUCAUUUCUACCACGUUGGUGCAAUCCCACAAUUUCUGUUUCGUCUUUUUCUUUUUUUUUUUGUGGACACGAGUUUUUUUAUUGCAACGCUAUGAAGAUUUUUUUAAUACACGUAUAUUUAACUCAUCCCCCCCCCUCUUUUUUUUUGCGUAAAAUAAAUCUUGGUGUAUAACAUGACAGGCUCAAGUUAAGCGUAAACAAGCUGUAGUCAUUCCAAAAGCGCUCAGGUACGCAAGAUCAAAUGUGAAUGAACGUCCCGUUUCGGGGAUGGAUAGAUCUCUAUGCCACGUCGCCCUGCCCCCCGCGCGAAUAAAGGAAAUUGCUUCAAAGGGGAACUCCAGCUCCAUCUAUCACGAGUUACCCCCAGGUAAUAAGAAAAAAAAAUAAUUAGGCGAAGCAGUAAUCAAAGAAGCGAUUCGCGAGCAUCGCUAUAUCUCGUUGAAGUCCGUCCUCCACUUCCAGGGGUUUCAAAUUACUCGAAACUCCCGGGGAACAAGAGCCCCUAAAACGACCACUCUCCUUCGUUUCCUUCACAAUGAGCAGCCCAAUUUGCGUCGGCGGUACGCGCCGUCAAGUCCCCGUAGUCGAGUCAGCGGAGUUGGCGGAGUGACGAAGACGCGCGGAUCAUCCCCGUAGCGCUGUGGGCCGCCCGUGACGCAACCAGGCGCUCUCUCUCUCCCCCAGCGCCGCUGCGCCACGCCGCGGGCAGGUUGGUCGGCCGCACCGAAAGUCGUUCGCUUUGAAACCAGUCGCGCCGACGCAGCAGCAGGACUUCGACGAGCAUGGGAUCGACCCAACGGUUUCCCAGCUGGCGACGCUAGUUGUGUUCAGCACGCCCAGAGGAACGCCCUCAGCCGCAGCGGGUGCCGUCCGCCUUCGGGACCUCUGGCUUCUCGAGUCCGUCCCGGCGAUGGUGUGAGACGGCGACCAGUGUCCCGCGCGCAGCCAGCAUGAGGCAUCGUCCGGUCCGAGCGGCCGCAGCCCUGCUGUCCUGGCUCGCAGUGUGGAGCGUGGUCCGCGCACGGCCCGACGAGAUCAGGGACAGGCAGGUGUUCAACGUGUCCGGCAGUCCCUACGAGAUCAAGCGGGACAUCGUCGUCGUGGACGGCGGUGAGCUGGUCAUCGAGCCCGGCGUCGAGCUGCGCUUUGCCCCCGGGGUCGGCAUAUUCGUCAACGGUGCGCUCAAAGCCCAGGGCACGCAGUCGAGGAAGAUCAGCAUGACGGUUCUGCAGGAGACCGAGUCGCUCUGGGAGCCGUCGGGCAGCAGGGCUCGAGCGGGCCACUCCAUCACCCAGCAAAACAUCACCGUCCAGUGGCCGGCCGUCCGACUGACCGACGGAGACGUUCCCCUGCGCGGGAGGCUCCAGCUCUUGCACAGGGACAAGUGGUGGUCCGUCUGCACGAGGUCUAAAAACUGGACAGAGCACGACGUGCAUGUGGUCUGCCGGCAGUUGGGCUUUUCCGGCGGCCUGCUGCAAGGCUGGUUGCCAAGACACAACGACUCGCGCCAGUUCAUGUUUGCCAGCCCAGAGUGUACAGGACAAGAACAAAGACUAGACCAGUGCCCGGGAUGGACGCACAAACAAGUUGGCAGCGGCAUAUGCGACUUUCAGCUGGACAUUGAGAUUUCCUGCGAGCAAACACUUCAAGAACAAGCCAACCGACAUUGGCGGGGCCUACAAUUCGACCUCGCCAAGACUCUGCCGGAGAUGAUGUUCAACGGCCGAGUGAACACCCAAGUGUCUCAGUCCAUCCUCGAGCACGUGAAAAUGGAGUAUGCGGGCCGGCAGCGUGAUGGCAAUGCAACAGCUGCCAUACAAGUCUAUGGGAUGCCUCCUGUGAUGCGCUACCUCGAGGUGCGAUGGUCAGCCUACCACGGCCUCAAUGUCACCAUGCCCAAUGAACCCUUUGAGAUACAUCAGAGCACCUUCAAGGAGAACAGGGGAUAUGGUAUCUUUGUCAACUCAAGUAAGGGUCAAAUCCACCUGUCAGGAGUCACAGUCAUGAACAACGGUGCAGAAGGCAUUGUCUAUGCACAGCAUGAGAUCAAGCUUGGCAGCAACAUGCUUCUUUGCGACUCCUCUCAAAGUUCCGACGUCCGCUACCCUCAAGUCUUUGUCUAUGACAAGCGAAAUUCAAAGACAAAUUGCCUCAGGGUGCUGAAAGCCCCCAGGCCAGACUUGACAGUCACUGUUCACUUCAAAAACAUGAUGAGGUAUGAUGGGCCAAACAGACUGAAAGGGGGCACAGUGACAGUUUGGAAUGGAGAAAUCAGAGAGGAGCAGUAUCUCCUGGCAAAAUUCGACAUCGACAACUCUACACGGCCACAAAGUGUCAGUUCCAGCCAAGGAGCGAGCCUUACCGUUGAUUUCCAGCCUCUUGUAAUUCCAUACCCCUACACCACAGUUGCUCCAGAGAUGUCUUUCGUCAUGGAGGCAGUACUGACUGUUGGAAAGGCAUACGACCUCAACAUGACCGACUGUAUUGUGAGCGGCAACAAUGGUAGAGGAGUCUGGCUGCGUGAUGCGAUUGCAGGCAUUAGCAUUCUGGACACAACUAUUCUCCACAACUCACACGUUGCUGGUGUGCAUGUAGACGGUGGUGUUGGGGAUGUCCUCAUCAAUGUUAGCGAUAUAAGCAUGAACCAAGGCGACGGAAUCAAUGUCACAUAUGCAGGAGGAUACAAGCACAUUGAGAGGACACAAAUUAAUCGCAACUCAAGGAGGGGAAUAGCAUUUUGGUUCAAUGAGACAUCCACCCGGAUCCCGUUCAACUUCACAACACACAUUGUCAAAUCGGUGGUUUCGUUGAAUGGUGAUGUGGGUGUCCUCUUCGGGAAUGUGUGCAGAGCUGAUGCAUUCUGGAAUGUCAGUUUGAAUAGAUUUGAGAACAAUGGUGAUGCGGCUAUUUUGUAUCAGUCCUGCUGGAACAAAAGUAAAGCCAACUCUAGAUCAUUGGACACAUUACUGAUUUCAAACAAUUACUUUGAAUGUCCAGAAGGAGAUGGAGGCUGCAACAAGCUGGCAAUUUCCAUGAAACCAGCACUAAAUGUGAGAGCUUCAAUUAUGCACAACAGUUUCAAGAACCACAAGUCUGGGGUAAUCUGGAUUGAAAACAAGGAUUGUGAGGAGUUCCUGGAGUCUUAUUCAGAGAGGGUAGCUGAAGUUGAGGUUGCAGAGAAUAAUUUUGUGGGCAACAGUGGUAUAUUCGUGGCAAGGAUUGGUGUAGUCCAGGGCAGCAAGGUUCAGAGCUUGAGAUUCCACCACAACAAAUUGGAGGAAAAUGUGAUCCAACAACCAUUUGCACACUUGAAGCCUCGGUCGAAGGUUGCAGCCGUGGUGGUUGUGACAUCUAACAAUACUGUUGUGACGAGAAACUUAUUCAGGAACCCUAAUUCACAGUAUGAGCUCGGGUCACAGCUAGAAGAUCACAACAGCAUCAUUGAUGCUUCUCUCAACUAUUGGGGACUGGACUACGGAGAGGAUGAUGUGUCCCUCAAAAUCUACAACAGAAUCUUUGAUCGUAAGGAUCGCUACAAUCUAGCCCCUGUUCAGUUUUUGCAAUACUUGUUGACGGGUUCAGACUUAGAUGCAAAAGAACAGAUAUCGUUUAAUUUCGAACGAGACAAGAUCAUGCGAUUCCGGCAAGUUGGAAGCUUUGAAAUAGGAGGUGAGGUGUUUGGUGAGGUCAACCUAGAGUCAGGGGAGUACACCGUGAAAAAGGACAUCUUUGUCAGACCUGGAUCGAGGCUCCUCAUCAAACCGGGAACUACACUUCGCUUUGAACAGUCGAUCGGGAUGAUGGUGCAAGGAAGGCUUGAAAGUGAUGGAACUGAGGGCCAAAUUACAUACACCUCUGGCGUGAUGAUGCCUGCCAUGUCUGACAUAGUUGACAUGGCUGAUGCAGAGGAUGUAGAACCACUAGGGUUUGGAAAGUUGAAGCUGUCUGCUGGCAAUGAGGGCACGAUACAAGUGACAGACAAUGGCACGACGGGUGGAGUAUGCACAUACGGUUUCUCGGUGGAAGAUGCGGCACUCGUGUGCCAGCAACUUGGAAUGGUGCUGAGUCCUCAAGACUGGCUGAUGGAAGCAGCAUCCCAGGCGUCGAGUGGUGGGACUGGUCGCGUGCUUUUCAGCAAUGUGCGCUGCAAUGAACUCGACACAGAUUUUCUCAAAUGCAAGCACGAAGUCCUAGGGGAAGAUUUCGAAGACUCCUGUGCCUCAGAAGUUGGAAUCCGUUGUGUUUCACCAUCAUGGUCGGGGAUCCGUUUGGGCGUUCAUGCGGAGAGCAGCAUCCUCAAGAACAGCUUGAUUGAAAAAGCCGGACAGCUGGACUUUGCUACACAUGCGUUCAAGCCUGCCCUGCAGGUUGACUUCAACAACCACAUCUUGGAAAAACUGAUUGUCCGAGACAACAUAGACACUGGGAUUGGCCUGAUGUGGAAUGACAUCUUCAAGGAUAUCCGAAACCCAUCGCUCAAGUUUUCUCGAAUCCAGAACAAUCGUAACCAUGGUAUUUUGACUAGAUCACAAGGUGUGGACAUCAUAGACAAUUCCAUCUCGAAAAAUGGCGGGGGUGGCAUAUGGUAUGAUCCUGUCUUCACAAAGAGCGAGCACCGCGACGCAAUACGAUGGGUUGGUGACAAGGUUACAACACUUUCGGGCACGCUAAGACUGAAUCCGGAGGAGAGGCGGUAUAUUCGGAUUGAAAGCACCACUCCAAAUGUCAUGGAAGAAUUCCAAGUGAAUUGUGAAGAGAAGCGCACCAUUGGAAUCAUGGUGGUCGAUCCUUUCAGGGACGACUCGACUGAGGUUUUGCUCAUGCGGCGAGGUCCAAACUUUUUGGAAGAAUCCGCUCCUCUCUGGGAUGUCAGGCAGAACUUAACAUCUUUUCCACUCAGAGAAACUGGAUUCAUUGUGACCCUAAGGUACCAAAGUGGACCAAUGCCAAAAGGAGGCAUCCUGCUCAUGAUGUCAGCUGUUCAACCUCUUGGUAUACGUCGAAAGAAGUGUGAUCCGUAUAUCUGCAAGAACCAAGGCCAAGGACAGUGGCUGGAGUACAAACCUAAUCUGCACAUUGAAAGAAACGUGAUAACAGAGUGCAAAUGGGGCUUUGGAAGCAACCACUACAACAGGGACAUUGGUCCCGACCAAAGCGCUUACUACCACCGCUACAGCAACGAGACCAUUGUCCUCCUUGAGAACAGGAUUGCAUCGUCUAUACAAAGUGCUGUCUUUGUGUCAUCGCCCCUCUGGGACCCUCUGACCUCUUCAUUGGCUGAGAUUGUCUACAAUCUUACUGGAAACGUAAUAGAAAACAACGGUGGUGGAAUCCGCCAUUACAGCCGGGACCUGCGCAGCUCCAACAACCUUUUCCACUGGAUUGUGAACACCACCAAGUUUACUAACAACAGGGGUGGUUUGGACCUGAGGCUGCCAUAUGUCUGGAACUACAAUGAAAACUACACGCACAGUGUUGUGAUUUCCAACGGUACGUUCCGAGGCAACCAGAACUUUGGAGCACGCAUCGACGGCCAUUUUGCCCGCUUCAAUGCAACCGGAAAUCGCUUUGAGAACAAUGACUGCCAGUCAGGAGGUGGAGUGUUCACGGUAGCUGGUAUGGAAAAGGAAAUGCUCAUCCAGGAUAACUUCUUUCUCAACAACCGAGGAAAGUACGUCGUAGAGUUUCACCUGGAGAGUCACUCUGAACGUUUCAGCAUUGUCGAUGCCAACUUCCAUCGUAACAUCCUUGAAUACAAUCGUCCCGAAGAAGGCCCAGAAGCCAGAUUAGACCACUACGAGCCAAGCAGCUAUGCUCUUAGCAUUCGAGGAGUGCAGCGAAUCAACGUCACACAGAACAUCCUCGUCAACCCGCAUCUUCAGUACGAAUUUCUGGCAGGCGUGGUCACAAGUUCUCUCAACAACGCCGUCAAUGUUGCCUUCAACUGGUGGGGAUCCUUGAAUGCUUCCGACAUCAAGGCUCGGAUCUUCGACUUCGAUGACUGGAAUGGCUAUGCAGCAGCCGAUUUCUCGCCGUACCUCGCACGAGCCGAGGUUGGGGGCCCUCUCUUGACGUAUGACGGAUCGGACGAGUGGGGUUCCAGAAUAGAUAUGUCCAAACCUUUCGGUGGACGGGUCUUCAGAUCCCUGACACUGUAUGGACGCAGCGCACCAUACAUCAUCAAGAGUGACCUCACCAUCCUCCCAAAUGCAACUAUGACCAUUCUGGAAGGAGCAGAACUCCAGUUCUAUCCCAGUGUUGGCAUUCUUGUCCUUGGUGACCUCGUGGCACUGGGAAGAUCUUGGGCCCCCAUCAGAAUGGGCCCGGUCAAAAAGCUUUAUGCCAACACCCGUUCGAGAAGGGCUUCAGUAAAACAACAGGUGCGACUCUGCGUUGGCCAAGCUUGCAAUCAAAACAGGAGAGAUGGAUUCCUCGAGUUCUAUAAUGAAACAACUUUGCAGUGGGUUCCCGUUUGUGACCAACGGUUUACGGAGCGCAAUGCCGAGGUUGUUUGCCGUGAGCUUGGCUUUGGAACCCUCGAUGUUUGGCUCGACCGAGGUUUCAGACACGAGCUUGGGCCCAGCGAGCUGUCCACCGUUCAGUCUUGGCCACAUCCACUAGAGUGCACUGGCCAUGAAACAGCUCUAGCACGCUGCGAGUUCAGGUUGAAUGGCUACGGUCAUCAUAGCUAUGCCUGUGCACCCUUUGACAAGAACUUUGUCUACAUUCAUUGUGGUGAGGAGCUCUCAGUCGAAGAAGAUUUCUGGGGUGGAAUCCGGUUUUCGGUGCCAGAGCACAAGCCUCGAACAAACAUUGGAAGCGCUCAUUCUAGCAGUCGCUUUUACUCCCCUCCAACUUCUUCGCUUUCUGAGGUGCAUAUUCGAAAGGCAGGAAUACUCCACAAUGAGAAAGGUCCUGCCAUCCAAGUUGUACUCAGAGACGUUGCUCUUGAUCACCUCAACAUUACAGAGUGUGCGUCAAAUGGCAUCGACAUCAUAGCAUCUCCAGGAUACCAGUACAUACAUGCUGUCAACAUUACCCACAAUCGGGGAACAGGAGUCAACUUCCUCACACUCAACGGACAAACCUCAACUGCAGACAGGCUCAAUUAUGCACCACUGGGACCGGUAGAUCUGCCAUACAAUGUGUUUGGCUUAGUUGACAUCUGCGACAACAACAAGGAGUUUCCAGUGGAUGGCCGAGUGCUGCUGUACUACAAGUAUGACAACCGUCCAGUGGAAUGUGUCAAAAUCUUCACCAGCAAGUCUCGGCUUCUUCAAAAGAUUGGCUUUAGGAUGCUGCAGUUCAACCUGUUCAACUCAACAGAGUUCUCGCCUCAACCAGAUAGCAUAAGCAUCUUUGACGGAGACAUCUUCAAUAUCACAGUCCGCAGAAUUGGACACAUUACAGUGGGAGACCAACUGAAAGAAAACGUCUCCCAGAUAACCUUCUACAGAUCACGUGAAACCACGCUCAGCGUCAAGCUGCAUGCAACUGGAGCUAGUGGGAUGAAUGGAUUCAUCGCAGAGGUGGUUGCCAUCCCACUACAAACAAUCACAGCUCGAGACAGCAAACACAACAUCACUGCAUCUUACUUUCUCAAGAACAGAAGAGGAGCAGUGACAUAUCGCAGCGCUGGUGAAAUAACUCCCAUAUUGACGCUGCAUAGCAACCGCUUCGAACAAAAUGGUGAUGCUCUGUUUGGGAACUUCAGCUCUUCAGAAGCUGCGGUGUUCUUUGACAUCCAGAACUCCAUGGAAAUGCAUGUGCUGAGGAACCUGUUCCUUCGCAACCAGGGAGGUGUACGGAUAUUUGUCGGUUCCACCAACUAUGUGUCUGCACUGAAGGGCUACCUGCACAACAAUCUCUUCACCGAGAACACCAACAGAGAAAGCCUGUAUGUUCGCAGUGGAGAGAGUGGAAUUUACCAAUACCUGCAUGUGCACCGCAACUACUUUGCAAGAGAUGAUGCUGCGUUCAGGGACAACCUCGUGUUUGAGAAAGUGAACUUCAACUUCAGUGAAAAUAUGGUUGUCGAGUGCAAGGGCUUCCGGCAAAUGAGUGUUCUGGGCUUUGAACGAACACAGUCUACAGGCCAGUUGGUGUACCGUAACUGGAUCUGGGAUAACGAUGCAACACAGCCAUACCUCAAGGCAACUCUGCUGGCUGCAAGCUCGGGACAGAGGUUCAACGACAACUACUUUCUCAACAGGUUCAACUACUUCGAAAUGAUUACAGCAAACAACACAGAGCAAGAAAACAACAGCUAUGUGGAAGCCGAAAAGAACUGGUGGGGAUUCAAAGAAACUUCGGCCGUUGUGGGAAGAAUCUACGACAGGAGUGACCAACCAGAGUUGCUCGAAGUUCGGUUCCAACCCCACCUUGCACACAAUGACACCGUUAUCAGUGGAAACUGCAUGGGAGGAUGGGAAAUGAUUGAAGAUACAUGCUUUCUAUACAUCCCAGGCCCAAUGACUCACGAUGAAGCCAAAAGGUUCUGCCAGCUGGAUGCCUCGUCUAUGCCCUACCUGAAGCAGAAGCUGUCAAAGCUGAUGCAAUACAUCAGCACUUGGCAGGAGGACUUCGACUGGUCAUACGAGAGGAUCUGGGUGCAAUCUCUGGACAUCCCGUUGGACCAGUGUGCCGUCCUCUACCGUGGAAGCGUGUGGGCACACGACUGCAAUGAUCGGCUACCAUUUCUCUGCGAGAGAGCGCAAGAGAUAGUCGUGCGGAGCGACUACUGGUACCAGGAGCCAGUGUCCAUUACCGCCAUGUCGCUGGUGGGAGUGCUGCUCAUCUGCGUCCUCAUCUGCCUGGGCUUCUGGUGGUGCAAGUCCCAGGAGCGGCACAAGCAGCACCUGCAGCGCCAAAACUCCAUUCGGGCAUCCAUCCGCUCUGCCUCGAACCGCUCCCUCGACCACGAGGCACUGUUCGCGGACCUUGGCUACAAGCGCCGCAUCGAGCGUGCAAUCCGUGAGGCUGGCUCCCAGCCCCACUUGGACGACGUCCACCCCACUAAGCACAACGGAAGCACAGACUCCGUGUCCAAGCAGUACACCUACGACCUCGAGGAUAGCCGGAGCUAUGACGACACGCUUCAAGAGGUGCGCAACCCGGUGCUCGAUUACAGCAGCGAGAUUGAAGAGAAGUUCCCCAUGCCUGCACCCGCAGAAAUUAAGAUUGCAGUGAACCCCCAGCAGCCAACUUUUGACCUGACCUACGAAAACCGCGGGUACACCGACCGCUCUGUUGGCGGCUACGACGACUCGCUCGAUGCGUCGCGGGACUGGAGCUCGGGAACCGAUUCGACUCUCGACAUGAAGCGGUCGCUGGAGACGCCGCGGGCUGCUGCAAUGGACCCUACAGACAACACAUUCCGUGGCCUUGACCCAUAUCCACAGCCACAACCAGACUCUUACAGCAACAAUGGGAACUACUACAGGCGACAGCCUCUGGAGACAGCUAUGUAGUCACCGCAGUGAUAGCUAAGGCAUCCUAAGAACCUUCCUUCGAGUGUAUGUCGAGACUCUCGCAAGAGGCACAUUCGUCAGGCUCUCCAGGAACAUUUGGAGAUGUGGCGUUGCUGUGACGAAGCAUGCCCAGGUCACAAAGACCUUCACUGUUCGGUGACCCCACCCCCGGUGAAACUUGGACAGCGAGGCUCUGAUGGUAGUCCCAUAGAAAUGGCAACUCGUGUUGCUGCUGGUUCAGUGACAACAGCUUAGCAUGCAACAAUCAUUGCAGCGCUGACUGAUCUCAAAACACAACAGAGGCCAUACUCCGAUAGGAGAGCAUGUUUUGAAAGAGUGUGUGAUUAUUUUGUGCAUCCAAUGCAUAGUUCUACAAUUUUCACUGCCCUGUUAUGAAAGGAAUUCUGUUGCCCUGUCUUGUCACAAUGUGUGAGCAUUGCAGAAAGAAAGCUUUAUUCGUGCAGGGCAAAAUUAUUUUUAAUUUUCGUAGCCAACAGCGUAGGAACAAAAGGUUGGACAUUUAGGUAUGCUGGUGUGCAUCGUAAGAAUCAAAGUGGUAUUUAAAGUGCUGGUACAUUCCUACUA